CCCUAAUAGUGCUUGCCCUAAGUGCAAAGAAAAAGAACAGUUCUCUUCUUUCACGUGGAGUUUUAUUUCUUUUACUACAUCCUCUUCUGUAUAGAGUUGAAGAUGGCACGUGGUCCAAAGAAACAUCUUAAGCGUCUUAAUGCGCCAAAAGCAUGGAUGUUAGACAAACUUGGAGGUGUAUAUGCUCCUCGUCCCUCUACUGGGCCUCACAGGCUCAGGGAGUCGCUACCUUUAGUUAUUUUUCUUCGCAAUAGGCUGAAAUAUGCUUUGACUAAUUGUGAAGUUACAAAGAUAGUUAUGCAACGUUUGAUUAAAGUUGAUGGAAAAGUUCGUACAGAUCCCAAUUAUCCGGCUGGUUUUAUGGAUGUUAUUACAAUUGAGAAGACUGGUGAAUUCUUCCGGUUGAUCUAUGAUGUCAAGGGACGUUUCACUACUCAUCGUAUAACUGCUGAGGAAGCUAAAUACAAACUGUGUAAAGUGAAGCGUGUUCAAACCGGUCCUAAAGGUAUACCGUUUUUAGUUACACAUGAUGGUAGAACAAUCAGAUAUCCGGAUCCUGUAAUAAAAGUCAAUGACACUAUUCAUCUAGACAUUGCCACUGGCAAGAUUUUAGAUUCUAUCAGAUUUGAUUCUGGUAAUCUGUGCAUGAUUACUGGCGGAAGGAAUUUGGGUCGUGUUGGGACUGUUGUCAGCCGUGAACGUCAUCCUGGCUCUUUUGACAUUUGUCACAUAAAAGAUGCUCAAGGUCAUACCUUUGCCACAAGAUUAAACAACGUUUUUAUCAUUGGCAAAGGUACGAAGGCAUAUGUCAGUUUACCAAGAGAUAAAGGAGUGAAAUUGACUAUUGCCGAAGAACGUGACAAAAGAUUAGCGGCGAAAGGUGUAAAUUAAUAAUGUAUCUUCAAGAAAACGUUCAAUAAACUGAGAUUACUUGGUAAUUA